AUGGAAAAUAACAGUCGAUCCAAAAUUCCUCCUCUUCCUAAGCCCUAUGUGAGUGAACCAUUCAUUCCACCGCAAAAACCGAUAAAAAACAGCAAAGCAUCAGCUGUUACUUCAAGGAAAAUGGGAUGUCACGAGCCAUUGAACAAUAACAACUCAGAUUUCGAGGAUGCGGAAAUCCAUUGCCCCAAGCAGACUGGCAAAUAUCUUAAUAUCCAAGAGCACUCAGAAGACAAUGCUGAAUCAGAAUGUUCACUUGCUACAAACACACUUGCAACGGCAACUCUUCCACAUACUAACAAUACAGCGUCAAUCAAUCCUAAACAACAUAACAGUAAUCCACAAGUUACACACGCACAUAGGGAAAUGCCAGCCAAGAAAGUAAUACAACCCAAAAAUGUUGAUCCAGAUUUGGAAAGCUGUAUGCGGAAGACAAAUAUGAAUGAACCUACUAUAUCUCUUGACAAUGAAGAUUUCAGAACUUAUCAACGCUUUAUCAUACGCUCUUUCACUAUGCUGAAAGCCAAAAUCAAUAAUGUUAUUGAUGUUGUGGAGGUGAUGAGUAAGAAGCUAGAUGGUAUAAAAUGUACUGAUAAUAUUCCGGAUGCGAAUCAAGAAGCUGAUAACCCCGAACUUGAAGUCAUGAAUCUUUUCCCAAUUUGCCAUGUAAAAAUGUUGCAAAGAGUAGAAAAAGAAUUAACGAACAAUGCGAUGAAACAAAAAUUGAUUUUCAUGAAUUCAUACAGCAAGCACCAUUCUGUAACAACCAAGGUGUUAGAUGAUGACAGCAUUACUAAAAAUCGGUGGAAGUGA